AAAGAAAAGGGAUCUUUUUCUGACCUGUGAAGAAACUAAAAACUGACUGAUAGAAUCUCCUUUCAAGAUUUCCCUGCGAAAAGGAAAGUGCAUUGAUGCCAACCGUAUAAGAAACGUGGCAUCCUGAAUAAACAAAGAGAAGAAAGUCAAGCACUCAAUCUGUAUUGCUAAUACUAACCCAAGGGUUAAAAUGGUGAGUGAAAGUCAUCAUGAGGCCCUGGCGGCACCGCCAGCUACCACGGUAGCAGCAGCCCCUCCGAGCAAUGUUACCGAGCCAGCCAGUCCGGGGGGAGGCGGUGGAAAAGAAGAUGCAUUUUCUAAGUUAAAAGAGAAGUUCAUGAAUGAGCUGAAUAAAAUUCCACUGCCACCUUGGGCCUUAAUAGCCAUAGCCAUAGUUGCAGUCCUAUUAAUUCUUACCUGCUGCUUUUGUCUCUGUAAGAAAUGCUUGUUCAAAAAGAAGAACAAGAAGAAGGGAAAGGAGAAGGGAGGGAAGAAUGCUAUUAACAUGAAAGACGUUAAAGAUUUAGGGAAGACCAUGAAAGACCAGGCUCUUAAGGAUGAUGACGCUGAGACUGGACUGACUGAUGGGGAAGAGAAAGAAGAACCCAAAGAAGUGGAGAAACUAGGGAAAAUCCAAUAUUCUUUGGAUUAUGACUUCCAGAAUAACCAGCUUUUGGUUGGGAUCAUUCAAGCAGCUGAGCUGCCUGCAUUAGAUAUGGGUGGUACCUCUGAUCCCUAUGUGAAAGUUUUCCUUCUGCCUGAUAAGAAGAAGAAAUACGAGACAAAAGUCCACAGAAAGACCCUUAAUCCUGUUUUCAAUGAGCAGUUUACAUUCAAGGUGCCAUACUCGGAGCUGGGUGGAAAAACUUUAGUGAUGGCAGUUUAUGACUUUGAUCGUUUCUCCAAACACGAUAUCAUUGGGGAAUAUAAAGUUGCGAUGAACACGGUGGACUUCGGGCAUGUGACGGAGGAGUGGAGGGACUUGCAAAGCGCUGAGAARGAAGAGCAAGAAAAACUGGGUGAUAUCUGCUUCUCCCUCCGUUACGUGCCUACUGCUGGCAAGCUGACUGUCGUCAUCCUAGAGGCCAAGAACCUGAAGAAGAUGGAUGUCGGAGGGCUAUCAGAUCCCUAUGUGAAAAUCCACCUGAUGCAGAAUGGCAAGAGGCUGAAGAAGAAAAAGACAACAAUUAAGAAGAACACUCUGAAUCCCUACUACAAUGAGUCGUUCAGCUUUGAAGUACCCUUCGAGCAAAUUCAGAAAGUGCAAAUAGUUGUGACUGUUUUGGACUAUGACAAGAUUGGCAAGAACGAUGCCAUCGGCAAGGUGUUUGUGGGCUACAACAGCACCGGCGCGGAGCUGCGGCACUGGUCGGACAUGCUGGCCAACCCGCGGCGGCCCAUCGCGCAGUGGCACACCUUGCAGCCCGAGGAGGAGGUCGACGCCAUGCUGGCCGUCAAGAAGUAAAUGCAGUCCAAUUUCAGUUACACACACACACACACACACACACACAAGAAGAAGAAGAAGAAGAAGAAGAAAUAAGAAGAAGCCUUUCUGCAUUUGCCCACAUAGUGCUCUUUAGCCAGUAUCUGUAAAUACCUCAGUAAUAUGGGUCCUUUCAUUUCCAGCCAUGUGUUCCUGACACGGAUCGGUUGUUACUUUUAAAACCCUGUUUUAAUUUGCACAACUUUAAAUGUAGAGAGCCCUCCAAGGGCGCUUCAUUUCACCACUGCCCCCCGCCCCCCAGAUCUACUCUUCUUUUAAGCAAUAUGAUGUGUAGAUAGAGCAUGACAGAAAUUAUUUAUUGUAUCACACAGUUGUAUAUAUACACCAGUAUGCUGAGAAUUUAUUUCUAGUUUGUGUAUUUGUAUGUUGUAAGCGUUUCCUAAUCUGUGUAUAUCUAGAUGUUUUUAAUAAGAUGUUCUAUUUUAAAUUAUGUAAAUUGACUGAGAUAUAGGAGAGCUGAUAAUAUAUUAUAGGGUAACUAUUGUAUCGUCUGCAUUCCAGAAAAAAAAAAAAAAACAACUUGUAAGGCACUAGUAGUGUAACACUGACAUCUUAAAGGACAACUUAAAUCUGAGCUUUCAACUGAACCAUCCUAAUAACAGGCACCGUGUCCGCAGUGAAUCUUGGAGGGGCAGAUCCCACUUGGUAGACUGGUUUCCCGGGCACCUUAGUGUGAUCUGAGCAGCUCCGGGGCUGACCUCGAGGAGCCAGGAGAGCGGUUCUUUUCCUGUAAAUAUAUUCCAAAGCGAACACACAACAGGCGGGAAUGGCUUUAGAUAGAAAGUCUGAGGAAGCAGCUCCGGAGGAGGCAGCAGCUCCAUGGGCGUCCCGAAGGGGCCGCGUGUGGGGUGUGCAGGGCUGGGGGGCGGCCCAGGGGGCAGGUUCUGCAGUGGGGCCCUGCUGCCCUCAAGCCAAGCGUCGCUCUCCGUUAUCAAUCACCUUUAUACAAAAUUUGCAUACUGUGAAUUCCAUCCGCGAUUUCACCCGAUAAUGAGUUUGCACAUUAGACUUUGUAACGAAAUAUUUUAUUAUACUAACUCAGACUAAGAAAGGAAUGCAGAAUAUUUUUUAGACAUAGCAGUGUGAGUUUAUUAUACGAAAUAGUUUCAUGGUAAACAGACAGUAUUGUAAUCCCAUCAGAAGAUGACAAAAUUUAGCCAUAGUUCUAAAUGCACUUCAAAGUAAGCCAAAAGAGAACAGCUAGUGACCUUUUAUAUACUAUUUAUACUUAAGUUUUAAUUUGUCCUUUAAAAAAAAAAGUGAAAACAAACAAAGAACAAGUUCUAGAAAACUGAAGCAACCUCUUCUGUAUACUAGAUGCUCGUUUCAGGAGGAGUUUUUAAAUGUUUUCAAUGUUAUUAUGUAGUAAAUGGCACUAUUAUGAAGCUAUUAGUCAUUCCAUAAGAGUCUUGAAAGACUGCUCUGUGUAUCACUGUGACUGCCGUGUGUGCUUAGAAAUGUAGUUUUCUCAGUGGAUAGCAAUCAAUUUAUUCCGUAGUGAUAUUGUAAGAAUACUGCCAUUCCCUUCUACUGCACUGCCGAAGGAGCGCAUGGCCCACGCCGUUCUAGCUACCGCGGACCAAUUCCGAACUGCUGAGCCAUGCAGGGGACAAGGAUGUUAUAGAGACUGGGUUGACCACGCAGCAUUUUGUCAAGCCCUGUGCAAUAUUUCCCAUUUCCAACGCCCUUCCCCAGCCCUCUCUCCUGUAGACAGUCACCUUACGGCUAGACGGCACCGCUGCUCGUAGCGUCCCCCCCGAGUCAUGUAGGGCAUCGCUUCCAUCUUACGUAGCAUCCUGUGAGGCCCCCUGUUUAUCUUCCCAAGCUGUGAAUAUCUUUAUAAUGCUUUGAAGAUUCAUUGUUCUCAGCACCACAAGCUACCCCAGAAAUGUGGAACUGCUAUACCUUUUGGAGGGAGGCAUGAGAUGCUAUUUAUCAUCUUAGCAAUGGUGUCUAAAACAAAUUAUUAGGAAGAGGAAGAAGAAAACAAAACAAAAAAAAAAAAGAUGGAUGUGAUCGCUUAAUUCUGUACUGAAAGCUAAAUUCUGCAACCUCCAGCUCUGAGGGGUCAGUGGGAUGGCCAACACCAACAGUGUCAGUACCUUGAGGUAAAGGAAGCAGCAAAGAAAGGGGAGGAGAAUUAAAAAUAAAUAAAUAAAUAAAAAAGAACAGAAUUGCUCCCCACCUCCAAGAGUAAGAAUAGCAAGACACAUUUUUUCUAUUUUUUUACAUGAAACAUGGAAAAAACACAAGUGAGACAUUUUCCGAUCUAAACAGGCGCAUACAUGCAAAAGCAUCAAGCUGGAAUACUUUAAAAAAUCUUAACCUUAAGGACCAAAGCCCACCAAAGAGCAGAAGAGCUAGCCAGACAGAUUCCCAGCGUGAGAGCAGCCAUUCAGCUCCAUGAAACCAACCUGUAAGUUGCUCMUUCAGGAUAGCCGCGGGCUCGAGCUGCCAGCGCCGGUGCAUUGUGCUAGGGUAAUUCGCAACGCUUUCUCUUCCUACACUGCCAGACUGAAUGUCACCACAGAAUUCGGUUGUAAAGUGCUGUGAUUCGCAGACACUGAACCUGCUCGAUGACCAAGAUGACAUUUUCAUCCUCAAAGAAGCCACAUGUACCUUUCUGACAAAGCUGUGUGAAGUAUUAGAAUCUGAUGCUGUAGAAAGAUCCUAGUUGCCUUUGUGUAUAUUUACUGCCUGCUUGAGUGUUUCUCUGUGUGGGUUUUCUCUGUAUCUUGUAGAAAUGUUUGGGGUGUUUUAUCCUGCCAUACUCGCUCGUGGCCCACGA